UUCGCAGAGUUUGAUGGGGCGUUGGGCGGAUGACAGCGGGAACGGUUGUGAUCACUGGCGGAAUCCUAGCCACGGUCAUCCUCCUCUGCAUCAUCGCUGUCCUGUGCUACUGUCGGCUUCAGUAUUACUGCUGCAAGAAGAGUGGAGCUGCGGAUGCAGACGAAGAGGAGGAGGAGCACGACCUGCCCACGCACCCCAGAGGCCCCACAUGCAAUGCCUGCAGCUCCCAGGCCCCAGAUGGCCAGCGCAGCCUGGCGCCUGUCACCAGCGAGCCCUGCGGCCAGCCGUGCGUGGGGGCAGCCGGCCACUGCACCGGCUGCUCCGCAUACAGCUCCCCCUUUUACAUACGGACAGCUGACAUGGUGCCCAAUGGAGGCGGAGGCGAGAGGCUCUCCUUCACGCCCAUGUACUACAAGGAGGGGGGCCCCCCAUCACUCAAACUGGCAGUACCCCAGAGUUACCCGGUGACGUGGCCAGGCUCCGGGCGCGAGGCCUUCACCAAUCCAAGGGCUAUUAGCACAGACGUGUGACCCUCUCACCCCACACCCCCAAUACACCAAGGCUGCUGCCCCAUCAGGGCAAGGGGGGCAGCGGAUGACCCCUCCAGCAGCCCACAAGGACUCUCUUGGUUUCUUUGGCUUUUCUUGUCCCACAGGGGAAGGUUCCCCAGGAUUGAAGCUAUUGAGAGCCGGAGAGCCAGGGUGGGGCCUGGCCCCGCGGCCCAGGGGCGGCGGCUGGACAGGCUGAGCGGGCAGCCCUGCCAGCUUCUCUGCUGAGAGCAGCGCGGCACCGCACAGCACCUGUCGCCUCCCUCACUCUCCCGGCUUUCCCGGACUGUGAGCAGAGGGGCACAGGGGGAGCUAAGUGCGGCUCAGGAGGCCUCAGAGUCCUCAGGGGAUGACACAGGGCAGGAGAAGGGAGGAGUAAGGCUCUGUGAAAUCUAAGGAGGAGCCAGGUUGGGAAGAGAUCUCUUCAGGACUUGCUGGCUUGAAACGAUCCAAGACCUAGUUUGCAGUGGGGUUUUGCACUCCGGUUAUCAUGGCAACUGUAGCUGCUCCGGUGUGGAUGCUGAUGCCUGAACCCCACAGCUGCUUCCGUCCCCUUCCUCCCAGUACGUGCUGAGCUGACUUUAAAGGCCGUGGCAGAAGGUUAUUUGUGGGGAAUGCACCAGAAAGUGACUGUCUUACCUUGUCUCCCCGCAAAUCCUCUUUCUCUGCCUCGGAAACCAGCUGCCCUUGCUGGAGAACUUUUUUCAAAUUUUGUUACUGGAGUUCGAGUAGCUUAGUAAAGGAGAACUUGCUGCUGUUGUCUGGGCUCUGACACUGAGCCAUGUGCACAUAUACAGUCCUGCCAGGGCCUGUGCAUCCUCAGGGGUGUACACACGCCGGUCACCUCCAGCACACACUGGCUGUGCCACCUUCCGGAGCUGCAGCGUGGAAGGGUCCCUGAUGUACCAGCUGGAGAGAAAACUCUGACCCACAGACCGCACGGGUGAAAGUGAGGAAGGUCACCUGUCCCCACAGCGACCCGCUGGCUGGCCCAGGAAGAGCCUGCAGAGCGAAGCUGCGGAAGCCCCUCUACUCCAGCAUGCCGUCGGGACGCCCUAGAGCCAGACCCCCUCGUUCCCCCAGGGACAGCAGCCCUCGCCGCUGAGCUUUGGAGGGAUUCCGUUUAGCAAUGGGGUUCCACCUUGCAGCCCUCCCUCCGCUGCCCCACCCACAGGCUCUGGGUGAGGGCCUGUUCUCGGCCUCUCCUCCAGCCCUGUGCCCACCCCCGCUUCCCGCCGAGGGCUCAGCCGUGGCCUUAUGCUAGUUGAGCGAGUGCAUCUGAUGAGUUUUCCAGUUGCCUCUGCAGUAAGAGGUGGCUGCCCCCUUCUAAGGACAUACCUGACCCCUACCCACUCCUGAGUCACCAAAUGCUGCAGAAGGGAAGGAGCCGGCCCCUCUGCUGAAAUCUUGGUUUUACACUUGAGAAAGGGCUGGUACAGCUGCAGGGGAGGAGGAGAAAGAAUGCACCACACCUUGGGUAUCACUCUGUUGGGGCCCUCGUCAUUUUGCAUCCCAGUCUGUAAUUGAGGCACACUGGGUUGAGAAUCAGAGGACCUGGGGUCUCAUUACACUUUGGUCACUUACUAGCUCUCGGACCAGUUACAUCUUCUCUGAGACCCCAUUUUUUCUAGGGAAAUGAGACUGGCCCAGACGGGCUCUGAGGGCUCCCCAGUAAUCCUGCAGGAGUGGGAUGCCCUUGCUAACUGCCUGGUCCUGUGUGCAGGGCUGCGGGUUGAGGGCUGAAAGACCACAGUAAAACACGAGAUUAGCAGGCAAGACAGUUUGAAUUCUCACUAAAAAGCAAAUACGUUUGUCUGACUGUCCUACUGAGUGACAUCAAAUAGUAACAUUUCUCUUAUACCAGGAGGCAGCUGUAGGUGGGGAUACUGUGCUGUGUCUCAGAGGCCAGAGGCACCAGCUUAGGACAGCAGCUUGCACAUACCCCAUCCCACCGCCCACUCCUACUGGGCCAAGCACACCCCACUGAUGUGAUCUGCUGGGUCUGGCAGCCCUCACUGCUGCCUGAUGACCAGUCCCAGUGCCUGGCUGCCCUGGAAUUCCCCAGCCAAUCAGCCACACACAGGUGAGGCUCCCUCCUCACCAAAAGGUAAUGUCCUUGUACCUCCUGCCUUUGGAGAAAUCAAGGCAACCCAGUCCACUGUCAGCUGCUUCGGGCUCCUGAUCUACUGGGGUCAUUAGUGAAGAGCAUCUUGUGCAGACCCGUCUCCUCCUAUAGCUUUCUCAGCCUAAAUCCUGUCAACCUACAAAUCAAAACCUGGGUUUGGGGUGCUGGAGAGGUGGUGGGCCACGGCUCCCCGCACAGCCCCACACAGUCAGGGCUCAGGCUCAAGACAGCUCAUCUCCCUGUGGAAGGAAGCCCACCGCACGCAACCACGCUGCGCUUUUUAGCUGCGGAGUCUGUGCUAUAGGACACGAUUUGGAUGCCUUCCACACUGCACCCUAAAAUGGAAGAGAAGGGAAGGCUGGGAACGCCUGCCCCUGCCUCCGUCCUGCCUCCGCCUCCACAGCACCGCUCCAGCUACAGACUUCUUGUCCUGCACCUUUGAUAACUGCGAGUCACAACCAAGUGAAUGUCACAAUAAAUGAG